UUACCUGCUCCAGGGGAUUCCAUGUGCCUCGCUCCUCCUAGAGCCCAGGGUGAGGGAACAGAGCUGUUUACGUCAGGGUGUGAAUCAGUACUGUAAAUGCUGCAGACACCGACGGAAGGUGGAAUCUGUGGCUCAGGGCGUUAGGACUGCUUGGAAAUGGAGAAAUUGCACUUCAGUGUGUGAGGAUCCUCCAGCUGUUUCCCUCCAACCUGUUGACAUAUUGCACCCCUCAAGCUACAAGGAUCUUGCAUUCGACAAUGAAGAAGUGAACAUAUGCCACUGACUGGUUUAUUGGUCAUGAAACAAGCUACAAGAUACCUUAAAGAACUGAACAUUUAAGGCCACCUGCUUGAUAUGCAAGCAGAUUGGGCACAUCUUAGAGCUGAAAAACACAAGAUAUCAAAACUACAGGAUUCCGCUAUUCAGGAACAAUGAAGGACAGACUUGAAGAAUUGAUCGAAUGUUCAAAAUUGUCCCAACAGCAAGCAGAGACCGAAGAUGAGGUGGAUUCCACUUGUGGAGGCUUGGUAUUUGAAAGUGACUUCAUUCUGCAGGUGCUUCACAAAGAAGUGCAACAAAUCCAAGAAGAAAAUGGGCGCCUGAAAGUGGACAUUAAACGUCUAGGAAAGCAGAACACUCGCUUCCUGACCUCGAUGAGACGUCUUAGCAGCAUAAAGCGGGAUUCAAACUCUAUUGCAAAAGAUAUAAAAAGUCGGGGUGAGAAGAUCCAUCGGAGGCUGCAGGAUCUAAACAAUUACAUCAACGAGAUAAUGAAUACACAUGGGCCUAAUGCUGCUAUUGUUCGGAUCGCCCAGGCACAGCACUUUGUUGUCUUGCACACUUUCCACAACGCCAUGUUGGAGUAUAACAAGGAGGAGAUGAAGCAGCGGGAAAACUGCAAGACCCGGAUCCAGCGGCAGCUCGAGAUCAUGGGAAAAGACAUUUCCAACAACGAGAUGGAGGAGAUGAUAGAACAAGGGAAGUGGGAUGUGUUCUCCGGAAACCUGCUGAGCGAAGUGCGAGGGGCACGCACUGCUCUGUCAGAAAUUGAGCAGCGGCACCGGGAGCUGCUGAAGUUGGAGUGUCGUGUCCGUGAGAUCCAUGACUUGUUCCUGCAGGUGGCAGUUUUGGUGGAGGAACAAUCAGAGACCCUCAACAACAUCGAGAUAAAUGUGCAGAAGGUUCAAGAUUACACGGGUGAGGCCAAAGUACAGCUGAAGAAAGCUGUGGAACACAAGAGGAACAACAUUUGUCGAAAGAUCUUCUGCUGUUGUUGCCUCUGACAGAACAUGCGCCUGCCGUCAUUCUGUCAAUCCAGUGAAAUACUCUCAUCUCCAAACAGAUACUUUCACAUUGGAUUUUGAAUCAAAAACUAGAUUUUGUCCCUUUCCACCAGAGAUAACAUCAAUUAGAAAGGAAAUUUUAUUGCAGAGUUUCCUUUGCCUCCUACAGCUAUACAUGUAGGGCAUCCACUCUCCCAAAUCAUCAUACCCACUCUCCAAAAUUGAAAACUCCUUCCCACAUGCAUUUUGCCGAAUGUUCGUUAGUUUUGAAUCAUCAUCUGAAGUUUCUCAAAAGCCAGGCUUUAUCACAGACCUGGAGUUGUUUGUCUCUGUCCUGAACUGAAACGAGGGAAUGCAUCACAUUGAAAAUCUUCUAUCAAUCAAGAUGAAGUUUUCUUCUAUACCCAGGAUGUGGGUCAAUAACCCUCUCUGGUUCAUCUAAGAAGAUGGUGCCAAGACUUCCAUAAGGUCUGUUGCCCCCUUGCUCUUAAUCGGUGAUGCUUUGAACUUCUUAAAGACCAGUCUUUUUCAUCACAGCUGAGUUUGGGUAAAUUCUAUUGUGUGUUUAGAACAAGAGCUCCUUUUGUGCUUUAUUUGCUUUGGGUCAUGGCUCCAGGUCUCAGGUUUUUUUUCUCUUCCCGCUGAAUCUUUGUUUCCUCAUUUUGGUCAGAGGACAGGUAGUGCCAGAGGUGAGUGAGAGGGCAGAGAAUGAAGAACAGGAGGAAGGAUUAUGAAGACCUGUACCAUGUGGCAUUUGAGCUGAUCACCUACUCCUCAUAAUUACUUCCAGUGCAGCAGGACACAGACAGGGGCUGAAGUGAAAGUACUCAUAACCAUUAAGAGGACAGAAGUCCAGUGAUCACAAAUUCAAAUCCCAGCAAUGCCAAAUUAAGAAAGUGCAUUUGAUAAAUUUAAAACAAAGAAAUGAAAAUUCUGGAAACCUAAAAAAACAGAAAUUGCUGGAAAAAACUUAGCAGAUCUGGCAGCAUCUAUGGAGAGAAAGCAGAGUUAACAUUUCAGGUCCAGUGACCCUUCUUCAGAACUCUGAUUCCAGAGAGAUUCAGGGUGACUGCUAAUGGUGACAGUGCUAGAUGUGGCUGAAUGAGCUCUAAUUAAUGUAACAACACAGGUCACAAAAUGUAACCAUCCUCCUGGGCUCCAUGUGUUGAUCACUGAUCCUGGCUAAUCAACCAAAGGCAAAUACAAAGAAUGUUGAGAGAAAGCAGUUUGAGACUCAUGUAAUCUAUUUCCCUAUGACUGAUAGAGUGGUUAAUGGGAAUUUACUAAUAGCAGUCAGUCCUGCUUCAUAGACAGGACUUGGAGAGAUGGUGACUUGUUUUCAUUCAGGAAAGAUGGGUUCUGAAAUAUUUAUCAAUGUCCAAUCUAUCAUCUCUGACACGUCUGGGGCUGGUGGUUCUCGAAGGGUCAGGUAGAUGAUUGAUUAGGAGGAUUGUACGCUCUGACACCUCAGCUUCGCUUCUGCAUGCUCCCAAUGACGUGUCUUAAAAUGUUCAGUGUCUUCCUGAGCAAACCUUCCUCUGUUUAGAUUGUUCACAGUCAGAGCCUUUGAAGAGUUUGUUUGGGAAUGCCUGACCUUUUCAGGGAGGCUGUCAGGGCAGCCCAGAAAUUCUAUUUUUAUUCUGUUGUCCUUCUGGGGGUCCCCAGCCGUAUGUGAGUGAGCUCUGAGUCAAACAGUUAUUUCAGGGAAAACUGAAUAAAUUCCGAAAGAACUCUGGAUGCUGUAAAUCAGCAACAAGAACAGAAAUUGCUGGUAAAGCUCAGAAGGUUAGGCAGCAUUUAUGGUGAGAAAUCAGAGUUAAAUUGCGGGUCAAGUGACCCCUUGCUUAGAACUCUGGGGAAGAAUUCAGAUUUCUGACAAAGAGUCAUUCGACCCGAAACAUUAACUCUGAUUUCUCUCCACAGAUGCUGCCUGACCUGCUGUGCUUUUUCACCAAUUUCUGUUUUAGUUACUUCAGGGAGCUUAGUGUCAGGCACAUGAACAACAUGCCCUGCCCAAUGAAGCUGGGUUUUAAUUAUUAGCCCCUUGCUGCUGGGCCGAUUGUUUUGGGAGAGGACAAUGUACUUGCUACUGGAUUUGAAGAAUCCUGUGAAGACAUUGCUGUGGAGUUCCCCAAUAUUUUAUUCUGCAUGCUUAGAAUGUCAAAGUUCCCCACAGCUAAAAGCAACUUUCCAUGUCAUUUUAGCUCCAUGCAGGGUUCAUUAUAAAAUUCAUCAAAUGAUGGAAGGGAGGUGUUUCUGCUUCUGGUUAGAAUCUUACUCCAGGUCUGACACUACCAAUCUCACAACAGUGUAACUUUGGUCUCAGUUAAAGCACCCAUUGGCACUAGAGGCCUGGUUUCAAAUUCUAGUUUAAUGUUCAAGACUGUUCCAAUCAGGAUCAAAACAAACAUUACACAUCAAAUUGAUCCCUAGUCAAGAGCAGUUCUGUAAAAAAAAAUGUAAUUAAUAGGUGUCUGAGAUUGAUGAAAGGAGAGGAGAAGCAAGAUUUUAAAACACAAAUGUAAAUUUGUGUGGAGUUUGCAUGUUCUCCCUGCAGCUGCGUGGAUUUCCUCCCACAGUUCAAAGAUGUGCAGGUUAAUUGAAUUGGCCAUGUUAAAUUGCCCAUAGUAUUGGGUGCAUUAGUCAGAGGAAAAUAUAGGUAAGGGAAUAGGUUUGGGUGGCUUACUCUUUGGAGGAUUGGUGUGGAUUUAUUGGGCCGAAGGGCCUGUAUCAUUACUGUAGGGAAUCUAUUCUAAUCUAAUCUAAAUUAUUCACAUUCGUAGUAUCUGCAAAAUACACCUCACCAUCCACAGCAAACCUGAUUUCUUUCUAUGAGUUUGGAUUUCAGAUCCAGAAAAUAUUUUGUUUUCACUGAAGAGGUAGUGUACAUACAAUGUUAUUAAUUUUCCUUUCAGGAUACAGAUAACAUGAACAAUUUUUUUUAUACUGUAUUGUAAAUAUUUAUAGAUUUUGUGUUUACUUUUAAAACUUUGAAUACAACCUGAUUCUUGAUAUUUUAAUUUGAUUGUGUAUAAUCUUCUUUAAACUCUAGCUAAAAAUACAAAACUCAGUUGCUUUGAAGAUAAAAUACUUAUUUCAAAGGAGACUAGUUUUUCUAUUAAUUCAUGUUGUAAUAGGAAUUACUACCCAGUGAUGUUCAAAACAGAAACCAGAUGCCAUUAUUGUAAUUUCCUAAAACGAAUGAUUCUCUGUUACAUGGGGCAGGGAUAACUGCGUCACUGAGAUUUAUCUCCAGUCACUAAUCUUGUCAUCAUAAUGUGAUUUCGGUGGAAUGGGUGCUGAAAAUGACUCAACAGGAAACUUCGGAAAUUUCUCCAUCAACGUUGUUCUCUUUGAGAAAAGUUUGCUUCAAACCAGACAUCAGGAUGUAGGGACUUCAAGUGGAACACUCACUAAAGGUGUGAAGUUUGUCUGGAGUAUCUGGAGAGUGCCUUUCAACAGGUGAGCUGAUAUUAGGCACUAGGAGAGAGUUACUAGCCACAGACAGAGUCUGAUCUGUGCAUUAUGUCUUUUCAUCAAUUCUUUUUGUCUUACUGAUUUCCCAAUAGAAAAAGUCCAGAAAACACUCGUGUUGCAUGACAGUACGGUCAUUUCUUUUUAUCAGGAUAUUUUUGUUAUUUUAGUGAGCUACAUUUUUAAUAAAAUAUUUG